UUGUUUUCAGUGUAAAAAUCAUUCAAGCGAUGAAAGUGCUUGGAGUUUUGCUGUUUUCGGCUUUCGCCUUGGUGGCGGCCCUUGAAAGGCCUGUUCCCGUGAAGGAUAUGCCCGCUGGCAAUAAGAUUAACGGACGUAUUACCAAUGGGUAUCCUGCUUACGAGGGAAAAGUGCCCUACAUUGUAGCUCUGCGCUUCGAUAAUGGAAACGGCGGUGGCUGGUACUGCGGAGGCUCCAUCAUUGGCCACGAAUGGGUACUCACUGCGGCUCACUGCACCUAUGGAGCCAGUUACGUGACCAUCAGCUAUGGAGCUGUGUGGCGCCAACAGCCGCAGUUCACCCACUACGAUACCGGUAACUUGCACAACGACAUCGCCCUGAUCCGCACUCCCCACGUGGACUUCUGGUCGCUGGUCAACAAGGUGGAGCUGCCCAGAUACGACGAUCGUUACAACAACUUCUAUGGCUGGUGGGCCCUGCUCUCCGGUUGGGGCUCUUCCUCUGAUAGCAGCGGGAUGACCGACUACCUCAACUGCGUGGACAUCCAAAUAUCGGACAACAGUGUCUGCCUGGACUACUACGGCAGCCACUAUAUCACCUCCAACCACCUGUGCUAUGCCACUCCCGAGAAUAAGGGCUCCUGCAGCGGCGACUCUGGCGGACCACUCGUCCUCCACGACGGCAAUCGUCAGGUGGGCAUUGUCUCCUUCGGCUCCGCCGCGGGAUGCCUGUCCAACAGCCCCAAAGGAUUGACCCGAGUGACCGGUUACUUGGACUGGAUCCGCGACCAUACUGGCAUUUCUUACUAAUAAAGUUCGCUAUUUUGAGAAAUU